AUGGAGAGAGUAAGGAAGUCGGUAUGGGACUUGGAAGGAGAUCCUAAUGGACAACAGACGUUGUUACGACUUGAAAAGCCUACAAAAUUUACAACAGAUGUAAACAAGGGACGAGGUUUGGUGUUUGAUUUUGAAGAGGUAAGCUCCACGGCCAAUUCUGGGGAUGACAUUGUUGAAGCUGUUCGGUCUGGAAAAGCAAUGACGCGACUCCCUCAUCCUGUGUGCUCCCUCUCGGCUACUUUUGCUACAGCCUCUGCAAAUGAGUAUUACUCUACGGAUUUAAGACCAAGCUUUUCUGCUGGUUCUACCGGAGCAAAACCAAAAUACUUUCAGAAGCGAAAACGACCAAAUAAGUGGAGAAGACAGGCCCAAAAGGUGAAGGAAACAAAAGCUAAUGGCCAAAAUAAUCAAAGAGAAGAGACUAACGAGGCUAAUUCAGCUAAAAGGAAGGCUACAGAGGAAGUUAUGAUUACAUCAAAGCUUGCUAAGCGCAUUGAGGAAGAGGUGGUUCCGCAUGAGGAACCGCCGAAUCAUUAA